GAGGUUUUUGCAGUUAUUUUUUUCUCCCCUCUACACAUCUGAAAGGGAGCAGGAAGUGGGGAGGAGGACGCAGCAACUCCAGAUAUGCAUUGCAUUGGCUCGUGGCUGGCUGCCAGGUCACUCAGCCACGCUCUCGCCUUCCCUCCGCAGGAGAGUGGGGAGAAAAUACCACAAAACAGCUUUGAGAUAGACAGGGAGCUCACUCACCAGCCACCAUCAUGGGCAAAAGACAGGAACUGAGGAAGAUAAAUUGAUUUCCAGUUAAAAAUAGAGUAGGAUAAUGAGACACAAACAAAACUGAAACCACCUUCUUCCCACUCAGCUCUUUUGCCUAAGCUCAAGUUCAUGCUUGACUACCCUAUCCCCUCUCUCUGCAAGUGUUGCAGGGGGAUGGGGAAGGAGGAUGGGGUCAGUCUGUAACGCCCCGUCCCUGCUGCAGCACGGGCUCUCCCCACAGCUGAAGUUCCUGCUGGGAUCCUGCUCCUGUGUGGGCUCUCCAUGGGCUGCAGCUUCCCUCAGGGCAUAUCCAAUUGCUCCAGCGUGGGGCUCUCCAUGGGCUGCAGGGUGGAUCUGCCUCAUCAAGCCUGCACCACGGGCUGCAGGGGAAUGUCUGCUCCCACGCCCAGAGCACCUCCUCCCCCUCCUUCCCUGGCCUUGGCGCUUGCAGGGCUGUGGCUCUCACAUCUUGCAGCUCCUCCCUCCCAGCUACAGCUGUGCCACAGUGGAUUUGUCUUGGAGGCCUCUUGAGCCAGCUCUGCCCAACAUAGGAACAGCUUCUGGUGUCAAUGUACAGAGGCCACCACUGCCCUCCUUGCUCCCAAAUGUGGCCAAGCACACCCAGCUCAGGUACGCAUACUGCUCAGGGACAACGAGUAACCUUCCCCAUGGGAGCCCAUGCAGCAUCCCAGCGAGCACAGCACGUGCCAGGCAUCACAGAACUGCUGCCUCACACAGGGAGCCUGAGGGUGUCCAGGGGUCUGGGAUGUCCCCGUCGGUGCUGGUGAUGGCAGGGGAGCUGUCGGAACCCAGGACAUUCCUCUGACUGCCCUGCAGGACUCGAGACCCUGGCAAGGGGAUCAGAGACCUUGGCACAGAGUCAAAGACACCUGUGCCUUCGAUUUUAGCCCAUGGAAAAAACUACCAACUUUGUGUGAAGAUUUACAAGCCACAAGAGUUUGAGUAGAAUGAUAGUUAAUUUGUCACAGGGUGAAAAAGCAGAAUUUUGGGGGUUUUAGAAUGGGGGUUCAAGAGACAAGAUGGAGGAAUCUGGGCGUGUCCUGUCCUUCUUCUUCUUCUUCCCCUCCAUCUUCUGCUGUGAUGGUGACACUUCUUGACUGGUUUAGAGUAGAGAGAGACUGUCUAACACAAGCGAUAGGUAUUGGAAAAUUAUUGUAAAUAAAGUACACGUAGUUUUUAGUACAAAAAGUUAACACCGCCCCAAGGGCGGUCAGUGUGCCAUGAACAGACCUGCCAGACAGACCUCAGCAGGUCAGAGAAAGAAUGUUAUAGAUAAGGGAAAAUAAACAACCUUGAAAAGCAGAACCGACGAAUCUCGACGACUUCUUCUGUCGUGGGGCUGGGAGAAAAAAGACUUUCUACUACCUCGGGGUCAUCUCAACCUCAGAAUCCCGGCAUGGAGCGACAGGCCUUUCCGAAGGAGGAGUGUCUGGCACGUCCUUAGUCCCUGGGGCUGCUGGGAGCAGCGAGUGGGCUCCUCCAGAAGCUGUGCUGGUGAGAGUAUCCCGUCCAGCGGGCACCACGUGCAGCUGCGUGUGGCAGACAGCUCUGACAAGGCUGCGGGCUGGACCAAGGCAGCAGAUUCUGACAGCCUUGCUCUGUGCGGUCUGUAAUGGGGAGCCAAAGUUUUAGGCCCCUUCUGCGGCCUUCGUGGCACUCAGAGGCCUUGGGGAGCUGAGCUGUUUUCAUGAAUAUUGGAAAAUUACAUGAGAACAGAAUACGUAAAAAACAGCCCAUGUGUGUCUGCCUGGGAUGGCUGUGGUGUCCUUUACCGCGGCUGGAAGCAACGGGGCACCUGGCAGCUGCGGUGGGGCUGUUUCCACGGCCCAUGAUGUCUUGGGAACCAGAUCUUGAACGAGUUCGGAUUCAGCAGUGUUGUAUGAAGGCAGCGGUGCUGAAGCAUCACUUCUUUUGGGAGCACCACGUGGCAGCGAGCACCACUGGUGUUCGCGAUGAUGCCUGGGAUUUGGGAUGAUGACCGGGCAGUGCCGGAGCAGGGUUCCAGGUAGUCCACGUGAAUCCCCUAGAGCAGGGUCGCCGCGGCGAACACGCACCGGCGGGCCCCAGAGGGGACCCUGCCGCCCUGUGGGGUGCGGCUCCUCCCGGGGCUGCGGCCCCUCAGAGCCCCCCGGCCGGGCCGGCCGCCAUGACCAGGCGCGGCUGAGGGGCCGCGACGUCACUGCGCGCCGGACCCCCGGGCGGGUGGCGCCUGCGCGGUGGCGGUGCGGGAUGGGGAGCCCGGCGGGCGCUCCCGCCAAGCGCGCGCGGUGCGAGGGGCCCCGCGGCCCCGGCAUCGACCGCAGCGACCCGCGGCUGUGGGACACCGAGCGGCUCUGCCAGCACCUCGCCCGCUGCGGCGUGGGCGAUCCCAGCCUGCUGCGCCGCUUCCGAGAGAGCGGAGUCACCGGGAGGAUGCUGCUGGACCUGCCGGCCUGCGCCCCCGAGCUCGUCCGCGUCUGCUGCCCAGCUGAGCGACUGGAAGUGCUGGCGUGCCUGACACAGAUGCAGCAGCAGCACAUGGAGGUGAUGAAGGUUUUUAAUGAUCCUAUUCAUGGGCACAUAGAGUUGCAUCCCCUGCUUGUUCGUAUCAUCGACACCCCUGAGUUCCAGCGCCUGCGGUACAUCAAGCAGCUGGGUGGCACGUACUUUGUUUUUCCGGGAGCCUCUCACAACCGCUUUGAGCACUCCCUGGGGGUUGGCUACCUUGCAGGAUGUCUGGUUCGUACACUGAAGGAGAGACAACCAGAACUGGGUAUAACCCAGCGAGACAUCCUUUGUGUAGAAAUUGCUGGCCUUUGUCAUGAUUUGGGUCAUGGGCCAUUUUCACACAUGUUUGAUGGAAGAUUUAUUCCACUCACUCGUCCAGAUUUGAAUUGGAAGCAUGAAACUUCUUCUGUUCAAAUGUUUGAGCACUUGAUCACUUCCAAUAAACUAGAAGAAGUCAUGAAGGCCAAUGGUCUUGUCCUGGAAGAAGAUAUGUUGUUCAUCAAGGAGCAAAUAGGAGGGCCUGUAGAUGAAGCUGCCUGUGUGAAGUCGUGGCCCUACCGUGGUCGACCAAAGGAGAAAAGUUUCCUCUAUGAGAUUGUAGCUAAUAAAAAAAAUGGCAUUGACGUUGACAAGUGGGAUUAUUUUGCAAGGGAUUGCCAUCACCUGGGAAUCCCGAAUAACUUUGACUACAAGCGAUUGCUUAUCUUCACUCGGGUCUGUGAAGUGGGAAACCAAAAGCACAUCUGCACCCGUGACAAGGAAGUUGGAAAUUUGUAUGAGAUGUUCCACACCCGGAAUUGCCUGCAUCGGAGAGCAUACCAGCAUAAGACUGGCAACAUCAUUGAAAUAAUGAUAACAGAAGCCUUUCAAAAAGCAGACAAAUAUUUUGAAAUAAGAGGCUCUGGAGGAAAAGUGUAUCGUAUUUCUACAGCAAUGGAGGACAUGGAAGCCUACACUAAACUAACUGACUGUGUCUACCUGGAAAUUCUGCACUCAAGUCACCCAGAGCUGGAGGAGGCACGAGAAAUUUUGCGUAAAAUAGAACGACGUGAAUUAUACAAGUUUUUAGGAGAGACUCGACCUGAAUCAAAGAAGGAAAUUAUAAAGAGCAACAGCCUGGCAGAAAGCAUUGCUAAUUCCAAGCCAGAGAAGGACCCUCCAGAUGUGGAGCUAAAGGCUGAGAAUUUCAUAGUUGAUGUUAUCAGCAUGGAUUAUGGAAUGAAGGAACAGAAUCCAAUUGAUAAGGUUCACUUCUAUUGCAAGGCUGAUCCUUCCAAGGCAGUCAAAAUCAGUAAAGAACAGGUUUCAAAGCUUUUACCCAAAAUAUUUAUGGAGCAGGUUGUCCGGGUUUAUUACAAAAGUCAGGAUCCACAUAUUAUUUCAGCUGCAAAACAGUACUUUGUUCAGUGGUGCAUGCAGAAUGAUUUCACCAAACCACAGGAUGGUGAUGUUGUUGCUCCUCAUCUAACUCCAAUGAAGGAAACCUGGAAUAACAUGACAGAUGAUGAACACAGGAGAGCCUCAGAACCCAGCUGCAAACAAAGGCUUUCUUUUGAUAAGUAGCAGGUUUCUUUUUGGUGCUAUUCAGUCUUCUUCCUCAGAAAAUGAGUGAAUUUGAGCAUCAACUUUUCUAAAAGCUGGUUGGAUGGACUGGAAUAAUUCACAGAGCAAUUCAGAAUGCAUUUUGCAAUACAGAAUGUUUUAAUGUAGAUAGCUAAUCCAGAUGGACUUCUAAAAAAAAAUUAUUACAACAGAGUAAACUCAGUUCUCAUUAUUUUUUAAAUGUAUUGGCACUGUGUAGCAGGAGUAACUUUAAAAAUUGCAAUUCAUUGUUAUUACAAGAUUUUACUACUCUGUCUAGUCCUGAUCCCUUCCUUAACUGUGCUAUUAUAUGACUUAGCAGAAAAAAACCCAACCCAGGUUUGAUGGGGUUUUUGGUGGUUUCCUUAGUGUCUGAGAAAGAGAGGGAUAAGUAUGCUUCUGAAAAUACAGUGAGGAAAAGAAGAAAUUACCAAGGGUGGCAUCUUCAAAAUCAGCAAAAUUAAUUUCAUGAAAAAAAAGGAAGGGAGAGGGGAAUCUCUUGAUAAUCAAAGGUUAUAUUUCUGGUAUUCAAAAAGCUGGUGCAGGCCUCUUGCUACAAGUGACCACAAUUUUUAUUGAAGUAACAAUGCAUUGCAGUGCCAUGCAGCCUUUUAUUGUUUUAUUGUGUAUUUUUGAUACAUGGAAUGUUAUUUUUUUUAUUGUCUGUCCUGCAAAGACUGCUCAAAAGGCCAGUGGUGUGAGUGGUUGCAGGAAGGCUGAGCUGCCCAGGUUUCUGCAGGGCUCAGGUGUGCAGAGAGGGCAGUGCCAGCAGGGGUCUGCCCUGCUCUGCCCAUCCUGCACCAAGUGCACCUUGGUGCUGCUUUACACUGCACUGAGCAGACAGGCUCAUCAGGAAUCCCUCCAUUCUUGUAUCCAUGCCCUGUUCUCCUGGAUCUCUUGGCUGUCCCUGUAUCAUUUUUCUGUCUCUCGUAGAUCUGUGAGGGUUCUUACAGUUUUCCUGUACUGGCAGUACUGGUGUGAAUGUUCUGAAUGUCUAUGCUGCUGGACAAGUGAAGACCAUUUUCCUCUCAUCUUUUACUCAGGUCUAAGAGGAAGGCUGCUUUCAUUAAAUAAAACCUCAAAGCUUGAAAAAGUCUGACCACAAAACUAAAAACACAAAGUAAAAGGUUCAGUAAUGCUCAGGAAUUGGAGCAAUCUGUGACCUAUAUAUCUGGAAAGGAGAGAGAGGUGUUGAACAUCUGGCUCAGGCAGUCAGGUGUGGGUGGCCAGGGUAGGUCCUGAAAAAUAACCCAGUGGGAAAGUGCUGUGAGAGAACUCCACAAGCCCUGUAAUAUCUCCUUUGCCCUUUUUAUCCCGGGAACUGGUGCUGUUAGAGGGAGGGGAAAUGAAUAGCCAUAAUACUUGUGCUGCUUAUGUGUCUGUGCUCAUGUGUCUGAAGGUGUCACCCCUGGUGCUCCUGUCUAACAGUAUUUCAGACCUGCAGAUGAACCAGUUUGCUUAGAAGGGCUUGUGACCUCUUUAAAAGCUUUUUAAAAAUUUACUAUUCCUCAAGAAACAAUAUCUCAGAGUGAAGGCAUUUAUCUUCCUUGUCUGCAUAAGAUCAAGUAUCAUUUUGAUAUAAUUUUGUUCUUGUUGAUUUGGUUUGUUUUUAAUUUGUUACUAACUGUGCACUUUAUACUUGGGAAAGAUCUUUUGUUUAUGUUAAACCAAAAGUGUAUACUUAAGUUCUGAGAGCAUUUCUUUUCUAAACAUGUUCAUCUGAGCCUCUCUAAAGAAUAAAUUUAUAAACUACGAUUUACUAUUCUUUU